AUGUACGACACAGGAAAUUGCAAAUCCUGGAUUGGCUCGGAUGCUGAGAUCCGCGCAGAUCUAGCACCGGUGGCUCGAGCAUCGAUGAGCGACUCGCAAAUUGCUCAUUCGAAUAAGGGAGCCGAGACUCUUGAAUUCCUGACAUCCAUUGUAGAUUAUCGCUGGAGGACACAAAAUACAGUUCUUCGCGCUUCUUGCACCACAUCAUCUUGGAAUCUUCACAAGGAAUUUUCUUGCCAUCUGCCUAAUAAAACUUCGGCCAGACAAAGACAGACAGAUCGAACAGAUCGAGAAAUUAUGCUCCGACUUUCAAACUAUAAGAAAUGGUCGAAUCAGGUCACAGAGAUUGUCCAAUCAACAAUUACCAAACUACAGCUAGAUUAUGGUAUUCGUCAGAUUCAGUAUAAAGAACCAAAGGAUCGAAGUAUGGAGCUGAAAAUGAACGAUUGGCAAUGCAAUUUACCAAAUAUCAAGGAUUAA